CCCCUUCCGGCAUAUCCCACACCCUCCACACGCCACACCUUGUCUUCCAGCGCAGAACCAAUCGUUGCAUCAGUCUCCGUCUAGGAUAGUUGUUGGAGCCGCCUCUCUUGCUCCGUCUUGCCAAUGCAACCUCUCCCGAUCAUCAUUGUGGGCUUAUCCGCCAAAGCACAGCUGCGUCUGCCUGCCGUGCAGAUUGAAAGACACCACUUCCAGGACCGCCUCUUUGACGCAUCGACCUGUCAUUUCGCACGCCAUGGACCGCACCUCCAAGCCUUCCGCAUCUGCGCUCGCUUCCAGAAGAGGCAGUGCUCCAUCGCUGAGCAGCAUCCACGUGGAAAACAAGAGUCGCGCUGUAGACUUGCAGCCCCUGGCUCACGCGCCAAUCUCCCCUGCCCUGAAGAGCGCACUCUCCCAUUCGUACGCUCCGCCAGCAUCGCCGACCGUCUCCCGCGGUCCUUCGACCGUCGGAACCUCUCCGAAACGCCUGCAACGCUCUUUGCAUGGCCUUUCAACCUCGACCCGGACGGGACAUCCGACUCGGGCAAAGUGUUCAUCACCCCUCGCUCUCCUGACGUAGCUGACGCGCCCCAGCCCCAUCUGAUCAGCGAAAGCCUCAAGCUUGUCGGCGUAGUCCUAGGGAAUUGGAUGCAGAACCGAAGCCGAUUCGAUGUGCAGACCCGCAUCGCUUCCACUGCACCCGAAGGGUCGACCAGCCCGUCUGGGGAAGAAGACGGCGAAGUCGCUCGCCUACGUCGGGAUCUCGGCUUGAUUCGCCUAACUUGCGAGGAGCGCGCUGCCGCCUUGGCUCGCCAGGAGAUACCUGCCUCUGCUUGGCGUCGUCCAUCUUGCUGCUCUUGUGCCGAAGCUCCCGACUCUCCUCGCCGAGUUGCUUUCGAUGAGAGCUCCAAAAGUCGGCCUCGGGAAUCGGCUUUGGGUCUACGAUUUGAUGACGGAGAAACAUUGGAGCUCGUCAACUCAAGACGGCACUCAAUCGAGCCUCACCGGUUGAGGAAGUCUGUCUCCUUCGACGAAAAGCGAAACACUACUCUCACUUUUGAAAAGCUACCAAAGGAUAAAGCGACACCGCUGAUGAGGGUCAAGGACGCUCUUAGCUUCCCUUCCACGGCGCCAUUCUUCAAGAGAGACCUCUCGGUCCUCAGCGAAACCUCGACGGACGAUUUGCGCCGCUCUGUUCCUGCCUCGCCUGCCAGCCCGUCCUCCGUUUCGCCUUCCCUCUCAGAGUUUUCUUGGUCGCCAAAGCACAGAAGAUCCAGCCUUGCUAGCCCAAUCAGCAGCAUUGGAUCUUGCUCGGAGCUGUCGUCAAGCUCGGGGAACUUUGCAGUAUCCCCAAUGUCGCCCUUGGCGCGCCCGCAGUCGCCGACUCAUAUUGAAGAUGGUCACGACCUCCUCACCUUCUCAACAGCAUCUCGUCGGCUGUCGACCGAGGAUGUCGAUCUUUGCAUCGUUGCGACACUGCCUUACAAAGCAUCCAGCACCAAGUGCGUUCACGCUAAAGCGCUCCUGCGUGAGGAACAGCACAUCACGCGCGCACUGCGACAUUCGCUCACCCUCUCGAAGAUGGCAUCUGACAGGGGAGUGGAGAACGCUUCGACUGCAGUCCUGUCUUCCGCGCUGCUGCAUUCCGCAGAGCUUGCUAGAUGCAAGGAAAUCAGCACCUCACUGGCUGCCUCUCCGAUGCCCGUCAGUCCCACCCGAGGCAGAACCCUGCAAGCGCGAGCAUCGAGCGCAUCUCUGCGACCGAGUAGCGUUACCAGCCGUGCCUGACAUGCGUCAUUGCACCCUUUACAACAAGCGCAUUCGUGAUCCUCUUUCUCGUUGUUCUCGGUCAUGAGAAGCAUCUUACCCGUCACGCCUAAGAUACGUUUUACUUUCGCACUUGACUUU